UUCACCAUCCCAAGAUGGAAAACCAACAUGAUUUUGACUGGUUUUGUCUCGAAGAAGCAUUUGAAGAGUAAAAUCAAUUACUACAAUGUCUGUCUUUUGGAAUAAGUGUUUGAUUUCUUGCUAUAUUUGUUCUUAUCAAUUUGUGCAGGAUAUUGCCUCCAUCGGAUAGCUUCUUUGAUUACAAAAUGCCUCCCCUGUUGCCAAGUCAGAAUCUUCAGUUCAAUGAUUUUGUGGGUUUCAAUCAAAAUGGAAACUUCUUAAUGGAGAAUUAUUUUAAUUACAACAAUCCUGGUAUUCCAUUAUCGUAUGAAGAUGUGGUGUUUGAACCAGAGCCACAGAGGGUUUGUUAUAGCCAAGUUUCAACUGAGAACAGUUCAACUGUGAACAAUAAUCAUGAUCAAGUGAUCAAAAGGAAGGGGAGAGUGAGUUCUGGGAGGAAGAAGUCUGAAAUUCUUGAAAUGGAGGAGAUUCGGAAGUACUUUGAUGUCCCCAUAACCAGAGCGGCCAAGUUGAUGAAUGUUGGACUCACUGUGCUGAAGAAGAGGUGCAGAGAACUUAAUAUCAUGAGAUGGCCUCAUAGAAAAAUCAAGAGCUUGAAAACCCUCAUCAACAAUGUCAAGGAACUGGGAUUGACUAAUGAGGUAACUGUGCUGGAAGAGCACAAGAGACUGGUAGAGGAAUUGCCAGAUUUGGAGCUGACUGAGAGAACAAAGAGACUGAGGCAGGCUUGUUUCAAAGCAAAUUAUAAGAAGAGGAGGUUCUUGGAAGCUGCUCAUCAAGCUUGACUUUUAUUUUCACAUUUUAUAAACUACCAUGUGUAUCUUUUGACACAGUGAUAUAGCUAGUCACAUCGUAGGGAAUUUGUGAGCAGGGUAGGCAAAUAAAGUCACAG